AUGGUGGUCGAAAGCAAGCUUUACGAUGCUUUGAGCAUCAACCCCGAUGCCACACAAGAUGAGAUCAAGAAGGCAUACCGCAAAGCGGCAUUGAAACAUCACCCCGAUAAGAACAAGGAUAACCCUCAAGCAGCCGACAGAUUCAAAGAAGUCUCGCAAGCCUACGAAGUCUUAUCCGAUCCUGAAAAACGCAAGGUCUACGACCAGUUCGGUCUCGAGUAUCUCAUGCACGGCGGCCCUCCACCACCCCCACCAGGAGGAGCCGGAGGCGGUGCAACCGGCUUCGAGGGUGGCAUGCCCGGCGGAUUCAGCUUCGGCGGCAUGCCCAGUGGUGGUAGCCGGAAGUUCCACUUCUCGACCGGCCCUGGUGGUGCGGGUGGGUUCAGUUUCAGCGAUGCUGACGAUAUCUUCCGCAACUUCGCCAAGGGCGGAGGCAGCGGGGGUGGUAUGGGUGGUAUGGGCGGCAUGGACGAUGAUACCCUUUUCGAUAUGCUUGGAGGAGGAAUGGGCGGCGGCUUCCGCAGCAGCCGACCUGGAUACGCGAAGCCCAAGCGGGCACCUACCCCCGAGCCUACUAUCGUCGAAAAGGACCUGCCAUUGACUUUGGAGGAGAUAUUCACUGGUACCUCCAAAAAGGUCAAGACAAAGAGCAAAGCCUUUGAUAGCAUGGGCAAGCGCACAAUUAAGGAUGUGACUUUGGAAGCCAACAUCAAGCCCGGGUUGCGUGCAGGCUCCAAGAUCAAGUAUAGAAACAUCGGUGAUCAAGAAGAAGGAGGGCGACAAGAUGUCCACCUGAUUGUGAAGGAGGUCGAGCACCCUACAUUCAAGCGCUCCGGAGACAAUCUUGUCACUACAGUCGAACUCAGCCUGAAGGAAGCACUAACAGGCUGGGAGCGCAUUGUCCGCACCAUCGACGGGAAAUCCAUUCGCGUGUCAAAGCCCGGUCCCACUCAGCCAGGCCACGAAGAACGCUAUCCUGGCCAAGGAAUGGUGAUCUCCAAGAAUCCAAGCGAGCGCGGCGAUCUGCUCAUCCGCGUAAACGUCAAGUUCCCUACUAGCUUGACUUCCUCCGAAAAAGACAUUCUCCGGGAUGUGCUGCCUUGA